UGGGCAGUGGUCCUUGAUCCGCUGACCUAUCGGUAUCUAGGAUAGAUUAUCGAUAUGCCGAUCUUAUUAUGAUCGAGGGUCGAGACCGUGGGCGUUACUCAAGUUUUGGACGAUAUCGCAAAAGAUGAGCUGCAUAAUGUCUCAGGUGCUUACACUAGCUCACGAGCCAUGAGAACCGAACAACUCCGUUGCCAUCAAGACAUCUAACACAUCACAUUAAGGACAUGAUCACGUUCGGCACCUCAGGGAAAAUUAGCGGAAUGGACCACCAGCGAGUCUCUGCAUGUGCAAUCUGGAGUCGAUUUGUUCAUCACGAUUAUCCUGCUGGUACCGCUAUUUCUAUGCACCACCAGACACCCGAACAGAGCAUCAGAAAGCCCCUUGCAACCCCUGUUUAACGGGGUCUUUGUCUUACCAGGUUACCUAUUACCGCUGGCUUCUAUUCUACUAUCGAAAAUGGCAGACGUUGGUACACAGUCCCUGGGGAUCAAUUUGCCUCCAGGCUACUCCCUCCAAACCGCAGCAGCUCGUCCAGACAUGUAUGAGACCUUGUUUGAUCCCGAACAUCCAAUGAGCUCUCUUUGGCCCAAAUUCAUUACAUCGACGCCUGUUACGGAAAAAUACUGGUCACAAUUGACAGAAAUUCCAUUCUUCGCGUCAUACCAAUUGGUAAUCCUCCACAAAGAUGUGGAUAACGAGUGCGAAUCAGUGGUGGCUUGUGGAAAUUCAAUUCCAGUCCGUUGGCCACUCAAUGAGUUGCCCGAUGGUGGAUGGGAAGCUAUCCUGCAGGCUGGUAUUGAGAACUAUCAAGCCGGCCAUGAACAGCCUCCCAAUUUGCUUUCCGCGCUUAGUGUUAUGGUGAGCCCCGCUCACAGACAGCACAAGCUGGCUGAUAUUCUCAUCUCCACUUUGAGAGGGCUCGCCAGUCAGGCCCACUUUGAAGCCUUGGUUGUACCUCUGCGGCCAACCAGGAAGAGCGAACAUCCUACGGUGCCUUUACAGGAGUACGUGCAUUGGAAACUUGAUGAUCAAACCCCGUAUGAUCCAUGGCUGAGGAAACACCUCGCAUACGGAGGCCAAAUUUUUCGAAUUGCUCACCGCAGUAUGACAAUCACCGCGCACGCGGAUCAGUGGAAAGACUGGACUGGAUGUAACUUGGCCGCCUUAGCCAAGUCAGGCGUGGAGACCUCCUCAGGGGGACAUAUCGAUGUACCUAUCCCCGGUGCCCUGGUACCUGUCCAAUAUGACCCCGUUUCCGAGACUGCUUCGUAUGUGGAGCCCAAUGUCUGGGUAGUUCACCCAAUGCAUUAACGUAACCUAAGGUCGUCAUCUUGCAUAUGGCACAAUUGGAGGUUUCUUUGGGAAUUAACGGCCUGCAGUUAAG